ACACACAUGCGAGUUGUUCCUGUUUUUAGCUUUUCUCUGUGUGACGUUUUGAAAUAACUGAAUGCUCCCGCAGCAUGGCUGAAAGCACCAAAGUUCCUUCUGAAAAGACGGCAAUCAACAAAUCUUUCACCGAAACAAAUCAGACGAACCCAGGCGAGAUUCAUUCCCCAGAUAUAUCAACCAUGCCGACCGUCAAGAACGGACGUCGUAACAGUGUUCGAAUCGAUCUUCGCAACAGUCGAUUCCCAUUUUCUAUUGUUUGGACCCCGAUUCCUUGUUUAACAUGGUUCUUCCCAAUCAUUGGUCACAUGGGUAUUGCUACCUCAUCAGGAAUUAUCAGAGAUUUUGCUGGACCUUACUUCGUUUCAGUAAGUAUCAAAUUAUCAUCAUUUAUUAUUCAGGCAGCAAGAAUUAUUAGCAAGAUGGGCAAAAUAUUUAGUGACGUUUGUCCAUCUUUACGUUUUGAGUUCAAAUUCUGCCGAGGUCAACUUUACCUUUCAUUCUGGUGUAUAAGAGAAUUUGACUUCGCUGCCCUAAACUGUGUCUCAUUUCGAUUCUUUAUUUUCAGAUAUUGGACAUUAGACCCCAGUAAAGUAAGCAAAGACACGUGGGAUUGGGCUGUUGCUGAAGCUUCUGAAGAAUACAAGAAAAGAAUGCACAAUUUAUUCUGUGACAACUGCCACUCCCAUGUAGCAAUGGCACUGAACUUGAUGAAAUACGAUGACAGCAGCUGUUGGAACAUGGUAAAACUUUGUUUUCUAAUGAUGAUACACAGCCGAUAUGUCAGUUUUUGUGGUUUCCUGAAGACUUGGCUGCCUUUCCUCAUAGUUUUUUCGGUAAUCUUGAUUCUAAUCCUGCUUUCACAUUACAACAUGAUGUAAAGAAUGAGAGUGGAACCAAAGAUGCUGCCAUCAAUACCACCAACUUUCAGAGAAUGUUUUGUUUUGUUCUUGUUGUUUAUUGUUCUACAUGGUGUGGUGGGAGAAUUGCCUCCCCUUCUAAUGUAAAUAAUGAAAACCAAAAAAAAAAAAAAAAAAAAAAAAAAAAAAGCCCCACAAUCCACUAACCGACCUGCAAACAAGUAACUUGCCUUAGGUCACACCUAAACAUCUUUAAAGGAAAGCAAGACACACACAGGAUAACGUAGUUCCAGGUGUGCUAUGUGUUUGAAAGACAGGCUGGUCCUGAUUGGAACACUUUUGAACUGAUGAAUCAGAGCUGAUCUCGGACGGUUAAUAACAGCAACGAUAAAGAAGGUCACAUUAAAUGAUGUAGUCCUAGACAGACCAUGUUUGAAUAAAUGAGAGGAAGGUCACAGCUGGCAUGCCUUAUGAUCAGAGAGUUUGACCUGAGGCUGAAGGACACACUAUUCAUCUAGUCUUGGACAUGACAGGAUGGUCUCGGCUGGAAUGUCUUUCGUGAUAGGUCUGCUGAAUUGGCUGAGCCAAGCUGAAGCUUUAAACAAUAACAACCAAGAAUGGUACAUUAGGUGAUGUAAUCCUAGAUGCACUGUCACAGCUGGGACAUCUUGGACUGAAGGUCAGUAAGUCAGAGCUAAAUCUGGGGUGCUAGACAACAACAACAAGAACAACAUAUUGUAUAAAUAAAUAAAAGCUAUAUACAUAACUUAAAUUUUUUUUUUUUCCAAUAAAUCAAUAUUUAAAAUAUUUCAAGAACUGAUCUGAACUCUAAAAAAAACUUUAUGAUGAUGCGAAUAAUAAUGAUAAUGCUGAUGAAAUGACUUUAUGAACUAAAAAUUCUAUAUUUUCUAACAAAUGAAA